UAAAACCCUAGAAUUCUCAUCUUCUUUCCAAUCCACCCAUCAACAAUGGCGCCUACCUCCUCAGAAAAACAGCUGAAUGUAAUCCGUCGUUGCGAAUCUGACUUGUUCUGGGUGGAGAAGAUUAUGAUAGUCACUCUAAUUCUCCUCCCGAUUUGCAUAGACAAUUAUAUUUUCACUAGAUUUGUUUUCUUGAACAUUAUUUUAGGUUUCAUAGCCUCCAAUGUCAGCUAUGUCUUGCUCUUCAUGGAGCGCCAACGAAUCCGUCCUUUCUCUUUUGAACCCUGUGCCUUUUUCUACAUCGAGAGGGUAGAGAUGGGGGCUGCGGCGCUGUAUGCUUUCGGUAUAAAGACAAAUUUCGGUUGGGGUCGGGCGCUGAAUACUUUUGGUACAAUAAAGACGAAUUUUGCUCUUCAUAUCCUAAUAUUGAUGCAAUUAUUUUUGACCGUACAGUAUAUAUUGAAGUAUUACAAGGGUGGUGCUACAGAAAGUAGCAACGAUGGGGGAUCCAAGAUGGUUGGUUCCCAUGAAGGAUCAGUGAAGAAAGCAAAAAUUAUUAUAAGCAAAUGUUUCCAGUAUUGCCACUAUGUCUAUGGUUUAGGGUUGUUGAGUUGUGGAUGUGUUUAUGACAUCAACGCAUGUUGGGUUCACUUAUGGAACUCUGAAACAGAUGCUGCUGUAAACGUCAGUCUCCUCCCAGACGAACCAAAGCGAGAGGAAGAAGAGAUGGAGGACGACUCAAAAGAUGCUGCUGUAAAAAUCAAUCUCCUCCUAGAAGAAUCAAAGCGAGAGGAAGAGAUGGAGGAUGAGGCAGAGGUAGAAUCAGAGUCAGAGUCCGAGAACAUGAGCGAUACAGAAUCAGAGGAAAAGAAGGAAGAUGAGACGGACUCAGAAUCAGUGGAAGAGGACGAAGAUGAGACAGCCUCAGAAUCAGAAGAGGAGAGCGAGGAUGCAGAAUCAGAGGAGGAUGAGACAGACUCCGAAUCAGAGGAAGAGAUUGAGGAUGAGACUGACUCAGUGUCUGUCAAGGUUGGCGUCAAGGAAAUAAAGAUUAUGAACCAUGCCAUGGAUCUUUGCACUAAGCUUUUAAGAGAGAUUUCGGGGCUAAAAGAAAAUCUUACAUCAAAAUUUGAGAACUACCGAACCAAGGUUGAAGCCGAACGCAGAAAGUGGGAAGAAGAAAAAGAAAAUCUUUCGUCAAAAAUUAAGCAUUACCAAUCUGCAGAGGCAGAGUAUGCAGCAGACCGUCAGAAGUGGGAUGAAGAAAAAGAAGCACUCAAUAAAAGAAUACAGAAUUACGAAAGGGAGCAGUCGAUAUGGGAAAAACAAGCAAAUUUUUUCCAAGAAACCCAAGAAGUAUUGAACAACUACUCCAAGCAUCUAGAGGAAAAACGCAAACUGGAAGUCGAGCUCGAAUUUAACAAAAAAUUGGUUGAGGAGUACAAGGUAGGUUACUGUUGGUAUAAAGGCAACUACUUCAAGCUAAGGGAGGAGAAUUUGGAUCAGGCAUCGAGGCUGUCCACUGAGGCAUCGGUGGCUGAAAGAUUGCAGAAGGAGAAUGGUGAGUUGGAGGCCAAGUGCCGCAGAUUGGAGGAGGAGAAUGGUGCGCUGACGGGCAAGCUGUCUGCUGCCAGGGAGGCAUGCGAACUUUACAGGUCCUACUUGCGGGAUUUGAGCACUGGUUUUAAUUCAGCCAGGCGUUAAUUUUAGUUUAGCCUUGUAGUUAAUGACUUUUAUUUUUUGUUUAGGUUCGUACUUGUUUUUGGAAAGUAGGAUGGUUUAACUUUUUUUUUAUCUUUUUUUUUUAAAAAGGCAAUGGAAGGGAUGGUUUCUUCACCUAUAAGCACAUAGAACACAACUUAGCCAGGCUCAAUAUUGUUUCUUUCCAUCUCAUUUACCACAUGUUUGCUUUGCAAUUUUUAUGGGUUGGAUUUGGGUUGUCCCUUUCAGUGCUACAUUGAGAAGAGUUUGUUUGUUUUUAAUUAUUCUAUUUAUUUCAAAAUAAUUAUUUUUAAAAAUU